AUGGUGUUUGUAAGCUCGGCCGUGCUCGGUGCAGCCGCCGGUACCGGCUUAGCCCUGCUGGUAGCCGUCACGAUCGUCAUGUACCGGUACUACGUCGUACGCCGGAAGGGUAAAGAAUGGGCUGAGCUGGACCGGCUGGAAGAGAAAAAAGCAGCCCGGAAGAUCAACCUGCAGGACUGCAACGUGUCUAGCGGCUCGGUGCCGGUACAGCCCGCCAGCAGCGUCGUUCAUCAUUCGAUUAGCUCGGAAACGCUAGGCACUGGUCCGGUGGAAGUGACACCCAGCCCGCUGCAACCACCGCAUUCCACCGUGGGUUCGUCGAAAAAAUCGUACGGUACGGGUGAUACACGUGGAGGAGGUCCCGGUUAUCGACCGUCCCAUGCAGCGGCCUCGUCUGCCUCACGCAACAACAGCAUGGAGAGUGUUCAUUCGAGAAGUUCGAGCUACCGGGAGAGUGUGCCGAAAUUUAUGACACACGCGAACAGUGACACACGCUCAACUACUUCGGAUAAUCUAAUCCUGAGGAAAUCUCGUUCACCUAGUCCGAUGCGUACAUUCAGCCUGGAGGGACGCUUUCCCAUCGGGGCCGGCAGUAAUUCUGGUGCCGUAGGACCAGCCGACGGUACGGAACGGGGCAGCAAAGCCAGUCUUGCAUCGGUCGUUAGUAGCGGCGGUCCGCGCGAGUUCAGCUCACCCAAGAAACGUAACAGCACAUUCUCGGGAGUGGUAUCACUGGCGGGUGACGCGAAUGCCCCAGACAGCCCUAUCGGUUCCAUCCGUUCUGAUAGCAGCCGUUCGCCCCGUAGACGUGUUCCGGUGAUUUUGGCAGCGAAUGACAUCCACUCGGUGCUGGGACGCUUUCAUCUGCGGCUGAAGUACGACGGUGGCAAGGAAGAACUGUUGGUGCAUUUGGUUGAGGCACAAGAUCUAACGCCUGCUGGUGAUGCCGGAUUUCGCGAUCCGUACGUAAAGAUGUUCCUCGAGCCGGACGAUGAGCAACGGACGCAACAGACGGCGGUACAUCGAACCGAAACGCAUCCGUACUUCGAUCAGCAACUCUCGUUCCCACUGAAACCUCGCAACCUCGUCAAGAGCAACUUUGUGCUGCAGCUGUUGGAUUACGAUCGGUUUUCGCACGACGAAGUCAUCGGUGAGAUUCGCUUCCUGCUGAACACACUGGACCUGUCCGGUUGCGAGCUGUGGGGUGAUUUGAUCGCCGUCCGUAAACCUUCCGAUUCGACAGCCGAACUACUAAUCUCGCUAAGCUAUCUUCCCCAAGCCGAGCGGCUUACGGUGGUUGUGAUGAAGGCAAAGAAUCUAUUCAUCUCACACGAACCGUUCGUUAAGCUCUAUCUGCUGGUUAAUGAUAAGCGUACGAAAAAGCGCAAAACCAGUGCCAUUCGUGCACUGGAUCGAACCAACCCGAUCUGGAACGAAGCGUUCACAUUUGAGUUGCCGUCGUCGCAGCUGCAGGAUGCCGGUGUCGAGCUGUUUGUAACGUCAAACGAAGGCGAAGGGCAGGAUCUGGGUUGUGGGGUGGGUUUACGCGAAGGUGGUAGCGGCACGCAACACUGGCAGGAUCUGAUGCAGAACAAUCGUAAACCCAUCGCCAUGUGGCACGUUCUGCGAUAA